CUCAACGUCAAGAUGGUCCGCUACUCGUUUGACGACUCCAAGCUGGUCGAGAAGACGUCGAAGUCGCGCGGCGAGUACCUGCGCGUGCACUUCAAGAACACGCGCGAGACCGCCGCUGCCGUCUCGGGCAUGAAGCUCAAGAAGGCCUACGCCUACCUCGGCAACGUCGCCGAGAAGAAGCAGUGCAUUCCCUUCCGCCGCUUCAACGGCGGUGUCGGCCGCACGCAGCAGGCGACCGAGUUCAAGACGACGCAGGGUCGCUGGCCCGUCAAGUCGGUCAAGUUCCUCCUGAACCUGCUCAAGAACGCCGAGGCCAACGCCGAGGCCAAGGGCCUCGAGACCGAGGAGCUUGUCAUCCGCAACAUUGUCGUCAACCAGGCCCCCAAGACGCACCGCCGCACGUACCGCGCACACGGCCGGAUCAACCCGUACAAGGGCAGCCCCUCGCACAUUGAGAUCCUGCUUGCCGAGCCCGCCGCGCAGGUGCCCAAGGCCGACUCGUCGGCCCUGCAGCCGCGCCUGAACAAGCGUCAGCUUGCCCAAAAGCGCAUCGCCGCUUCGCGCAGCAGCACUGCCGCUGCCGCGCCCGCCGCGAGCGCCUGAGGAGCGUCCGCCCUGUGAGACGUGGCCGCUUGACUCUCUCUCUGCAUACAUACUUCACCACCCCCACAUGUUGCCCCAUGUACACUCUUCCGCUCCAGCAGCAACACCGACAUGACCCGCUCGUGGCAGUUUGGCGUGCAGCGACGUGGAGGCGCGGGCAGGGCAGGUCGCGCAGGGCACAGUCGCGCUGUCGAGCAGAUCACACAGGGCACGGUCGCGCUGUAGAGCUGUAAUGCGGGCUCAAGUCUACGGUACACGGAAUGGGG